AUGCUUCCACAUGAGAAAGCAACAGCCUUGCUUUCCGGCGCAACUGCGGGUCUUUGUGUCGACUUUGUCGUUUAUCCACUGGACACCAUUAAGACGCGUUUGCAGAGUAUCGCAACAUCCGUCAAGCCGUCUGGCCGUCUUCACCUCUUUGCUGGAUUCCCAGCUGUCCUAUCCGGAUCGGCCCCAGGAGCGGCGUUGUUCUUCUGCGCUUACGAAAUGACAAGAAAUCGAACAUCAGGUGUAGCGCCUCCAUGGCUCUCCUCUAUGCUAGCUGCAAGUUUGGGCGAGAUGGUAGCCUGCAUAGUACGCGUGCCCUGUGAGACAGUCAAACAGCGAGCACAAAAUCAACCUCACCUCAGCUUUAGCCGUGGUCUGGGAGGCAUGUAUCGUGGCUAUCUUAGUACAAUCCUCCGGGAACUGCCCUUCUCUCUCAUUCAAUACCCCGCUUGGGAGAGUCUUAAGGUAUGUGGUAAUGGAAGCCUGUCCAAAGGACAGUUUGCACUUUGCGGUGCAAUAGCAGGAGCCUUUGCCGGUGCCUUCACAACACCCUUUGAUGUCAUUAAAACUCGAAUUAUGCUUGCAGAGGUGAGCUCCACUUUUCGUUGCGACGCCUUGUUAUCGGCAGAAACCAUUGUGUUUCGAACCCUAAAUCCACUCGGUUAUUAA